UAGCCAGGGUGACAGAGUGAGACCCUGUCUCAAAGAAAUUUAAAAAAUUACUAACUAUGAUAAAAGAGCAACUAGAAGAUGUAAGUAAACUCCAUAUGGAACCCUAGGGCUGAGGGAGGGUACUGGAGGAAGGACAGACUUAGAAGGGGUUCAGGGCUCACGGGGGAAGGUGGGGUUCAGCCCUCAGACAGCAGAGAAGGUGGCUAAUUUGCCCAGGCCUGAGCUGGUGUGCCACUGCCAUAGGCCACCUCCAAGUACAGGUGGGGAGGGCGCCCGGCAACCUGGGGUGGGGACACGGUGGGUGUCACGUGCAGGUGUAGGCAGGAGGCCAUCAGAGCACUGGGGUCCCUGUGCAGGACUCUGGUUUCCUUGUUGAGAGGGCUGUGGAAAGGUUAUGGCCAGGUGGAGGCUGCGAGGUCACAGGAGACCCUCGUCCUGGGUCUGUGGCUGGGGCAGGACUCCAAUGAUUGUCCUCACAUCACAUAGCUGACCAGACUAGGGCAGGAAAACUGCAGGAGAAAACUUCUUUCUCCCACAUCGUUCCUCCAGUGCCCUCUACUGAGAUAGCUCAGCGCUGUGCUCACUCUAAAGAAGCAAUGCUGUGUUUUCCAGACAGUGUACAUGAAAGGGUGCACUCAGCCCUGAGAGCGAUGCAUUUAUGACUGACACUCCUCCCCACCACAGGGUAGAAGGGGUCACAGCUGCCAUGGCCUCGGAAGACAUAGGGUCAACUCCCUGCCCCUCCACUUAUUAGCUAUGGGCAAGUAACUUAACCUCUCUGAACCUCAGUUUCCUCAUUUGCAAAAGGGGAGAAUAAUGUUCACUUUCAGGACUGUUAGGUGGACAAGUGAUGAAUAGCAAGCUACUAGCACAGCACCUGGGUUCUAAUAGGCAAUAACUAAAUUGUAUUUGGUACGGAACACAGUCCUAAAACUUUAUUCUGCUUCUCUGAAACUUUGCAGGCACCACAUCACAUAAAAAUUUACAUUAAAAAUUCUUUGAAAUGUGGAAAGAGCUAUAAAUGCCUAUGAAUCAUCUCUUUUCACAAAAAUGCGGUUUUUCAGUAUUUCAGUGCCAGAACGUACUUCAGCUAUUUGCAAGGAAGUCACCUGUGCAAUGCCUGUGUUUUUAUAUGUGUGUUUGUUUCCAAUGUCUUCAUUCCCUCUGUGGCUAAAGAGGACACUCUUAAUUUCCUUCUCUCUGACUUGGAGGCAUGUACCCCUACUUUUCUUCAUAUGCAUAGUUUUCUCAGCACAUUGCUAAAUUAAAUAACCAUCCUAGGCUACAUUCACAGAAUGAAAUACUUUGUACCAGAUAGACAGAGGAAGGGGCCGGAUGCGGGGAGGGGUGGCUCACAGUGACCCUCCCGUGGCAACUGUGGGUCCUCCAGCUGAAGGGCAGGGAGCUGGGGGAAGGCCCUCUGGACUUUUUGUGCAGAUGCCACUGCAGUAUUUCUCUCACCUCACAUUGCCCGAAACCAGCUCCUAUGUUCUAAGAGUUAACUGAGAUGACUGAAGAAAAGAAGUUUGAAUCCUGAGGAAUAGUCUGCAAUGGUCCAAGAAAAGCUGAACCCCAGAAACUCUAAGAGGCCACCCUGAUUUCGGAGAUGGGCAAAUGUGAAAGAAUGUGUGGCUUAAGACUGAUGGAACGUGGUACACCCAGAAGGGUUAAGAGUGUCACUGUGAUCCUCUGUACCUGAAACCUACAUUCAAGGGAGUUGAGCCAACAAAUGAUAUGAGGCACAAAACGUCUUCCUGAAUUCAGAUGUGUGGGAGCCCAGGCUCAGGUGGGGCACCAACUUCCCUCCUGUUGUCCCAGACACCUGAGAAAUCUGAUCUGGGAGCCACGUCACUCAAGGGGCAUAAACUGACUGACAGUUUCAGCAAGAGAAAAGGCACAUGUGCUAAGCAUGUCUUUUUGUUCUGAUGCUCACAAUCUGGGCUCUGAUGACACUGGAGGGCCUGUCCCUCCCAGGGCCAGCGGAUUUCUACAGAUAAUGAAGGACUCAACUGUGAGUGUUCCUUUCCUAUGCAAACCACCCAAUCCAGAGCCCACAGCCGCACCUCUUCUCUCUGGAUUUCAAACUCAAGGCCACUGUCUCCCUGGCCUAAUCACCUCAAGUACCAGACACCCCCCGAACUGCACCAGACAACCAAAGACAACCUCUCUGCCCAGAGCCUGCUGAAAUUCUUCAAACUCGCCAAUCCUAAGCCUGCCUACCCUUCCUCCCCGGUACCUUCCUGCGGGAAAAACAAGGCUUUGCCCACAUCUUCUCCUCGCUCCCUCUGCUGCCUGAGCAACCCUGGCGCUUCCCCACGUGGCCCCCAGGGCCUGGUGCACCCACCUCCUUGUGCGAUCUUUUCUAAAUGGAAUCUGGACACUUUGGCCUUCCAGGAACUGAAGUCAGAGGUAACUGAGGUUCCUGCUUCCCAAAUCUUGAAGGAGAGUCCAUCUGGCCAUCCUAGGAAUGAAGAGGGAGAUGAUGGAUGUGGAGAACUAGUUUGGGUAGGAGAGCCCCUCACUCUGAGAACAGCGGAAAGCAUCACCGGCAAGUACGGCGUGUGGAUGCGAGACCCCAAGCCCACCCACCCCUACACCCGCGAGACCACGUGGAGGAUCGACACGGUCGGCUCGGACGUGCGCCGGGUGUUCGAGUACGACCUCAGGAGCCGGUUCGCGCAGGGCUACCCCUCGCGGGUGCACGUGCUGCCGCGGCCGCUGGAGAGCACGGGCGCCGUGGUGUAUGAGGGGAGCCUCUAUUUCCAGGGCGCCAGGUCCAGAACCGUGGUAAGGUAUGACCUGAACACCGAGACCGUGAGGGCGGAGAGGGACGUCCCUGGAGCCGGCUACCACGGGCAGUUCCCGUACUCUUGGGGUGGCUACACAGACAUCGACUUGGCUGUGGACGAGGGUGGACUCUGGGUCAUCUACAGCACUGAGGAGGCCAAAGGCGCCAUCGUGCUCUCCAGACUGAACCCAGAGAAUCUGGAACUUGAACAAACCUGGGAGACUAACAUCCGCAAGCAGUCGGUGGCCAACGCCUUCAUCAUCUGCAGCACCCUGUACACCGUCAGCAGCUACUCCUCCGCCGACGCCACGGUCAACUUCGCUUAUGACACAGGCACAGGGAGCAGCAAGACCCUGGCCAUCCCAUUCAAGAACCGCUACAAGUACAACAGCAUGAUCGACUACAACCCCCUGGAGAAGAAGCUCUUUGCCUGGGACAACUUCAACAUGGUCACCUACGACAUCGAGCUCUCCAAGGUGUGAAACGCCUCCAAGCUAUACCAGCAAAGGCAGAAGGAGAGUUCAGGGUCCAGCAUGGAGCAGGCUGAAGGCAGAGCCAGCCAGCCGGAGCCCAGGCGGCCUUCUCUGCUUUCCAAGCUUUCAUUCAUCCAAAGAAUGUGCAUGGUCACCAUCUGACUAUGCAGGAAUAGCAAUCUGAGGGUAUAGACGAUUGCAUAUUACAAUAGAUAUUCUUUUCUUCUAUCAGCAUUUAAAGGGAUGUUUAACUGAGACGGUUCAAGUUUUCUGGUGAUUUGGGGCAACAGCUAUAAGGCACGGUAGUUUCUUCGUGAAAACCAUUGCUCUUGCAUGUUGCAUGGGUACCAUAAGCCACAAUAAAAAGCAUCAGGUCUAAAGGAAGCAGAACAGUUCUUGUGGCUGGCACUGAACAUAUGUAAGAUGUGUUUACUACAACUGGCUUCUAAUGCUUCAGAUGGAAUCCAGUUGGGUGUUACAUAACCCUUUGCCUUGUGAAAUAAAAUUAUCUUAUCCAA